CUCCUGUGAAAACAAAUCCAUCAUUUUGUCACUUGAGUGUGUUACAGGGAGCGAUGUGCGAUAUACAGCUUUGCUUUGUGGUGUUUGAGUACAGACAAUCUCCCACUGCCCACUUUAUUACUUUCUCUUUAGUUCAUACAAUAAAGUGAUGUGAUGGCACUGAGAGGGGAUUAGGAGAACUUUUUAUUUGUCAUGGCUCUCCUGGUAGACACUGCUGACAGCAAUUAGGACGCUUCUCUGUGCAACUCUACACGCUGAGCUCCACUACCAGUCUCUUGAAUAAACAGCAGAUGCUGAGGGAAUGAAGUCAGUGUAAUACAGACAGAGAGAGAGAGAUGAAGAUGGUGUGCGUGUGUUUCUUUGUUUAGUCCUUUUCCACCAGAGCCACCCAAACGCUUUUAUUUAUGAAUAAAUUCCUCAAAUGUCAACAUCAAGCCCAAAAUUCUAAUCUGCAAAACUAAUGACAUUUCCAUCAGCUUGUGUUUACUGCUAAUUAGCUAAUGUUAGCUAAACUGAGAUAGUGAGCAGCGUACACAUAACACCUGUUCAGCAUGUUUGCAUUGUGUUUGUGAUAAUGUUAGCAUGUGGAUAUGUUCUGCACUCUUAUGCAUAACAGUGUCGUCACUGAAACGCUCCGACUCCAGUUUAACAUUUGUAACAUGGAUUUAAGUUGAGCUAAAACUGUGGAAGUUAAAAGGUUCAUGGCACAGGUACAUUUCCCAUGAUCUUUCACCUCUGUUAAUGUUUAGUGACUUGAUAGCGAGGUGUGUUGAGCCUUAACAGAAGCUCUUCAGAUGGUUUAACUUCACAACCAGUAAGAGUGUUCUUUUGAGACUCCAUAAAGAACUUUCUUGCAAUUUUGUUCGGUUUUAUGUUUUGUGAUAUAUUCAGCUGAGAACAAGAUUUCUUCUCCGUCGCACAUGUGGUAAAACUCACCAAAAAGCCAUUUUGGUAAUAAAACAUUUUCUCUGAGUCAUGAUGACCUACUGACCAACUCUCUUUCACCCAACCACACAUGACUUGCACAUUUCUUUUUGGUUUUACUUCACACUGGGCCUCAAGAAACACCUCGCGGCUAAAAAAAGAAGUUACACUGAGUCUCUUUCCGAGUGAGCAGACUUCCUCGUUGCUCGUGUAACAAGGCGGCUGCUGGACCCUGCAGUUAAUAAUGUAUAUGGCGGUUCGGCUGGUCGAUGUGGUGUACACCUGCUCUCCCUAUAAACAGUAUCCAGUAUCACAGGCUGUCUCCAAGGACAGUCUGUCGAGUGGAAUCCAAUACGGCCACUUGCUGAUUCUUUAAUGAGAGAAACUUAGAUGUCAGAAUGCAAGAAGUGAAAACCUCGAGGGAACAAUGAAGCGUCAAGAGAGCAGAGCAAGUGUCAAAGAAGACACAAUCAUCUUGCUGGGGGACUGAGAGAGCAUCUUGCCCACUGGCAGCUUUGCCAGGUGAUGCAGGCUGGAAGGGGCAGGACUUAACUCCUGCUUCAGGUGUGUCUUUGUGAUAUAGAGCCACAAGACGUUGAGAGGCAAGCAGUAAAGACAUAAACACACAGAUCGAGAUCAACCGACAGUGAAGUAACAGGCGGUCAAGUAUACAAAGAGAGGCAGAAAACAAAGGGAGCAACAGAUGAGAGAAAAUGAAGAAAAUGAGAAUGCUUCUUGUAAAUUCAUCCUGAAGAUUUCCAGGAAGCUUAGGGAUCGCUACCUGUCUGGACUUGCAGAGGGAAAGGCAGAGCCCUCACCAAUGAAGACCACCUGGUACUGUCCUCUGGAUCUGUCCACUGUGGUGGAGGAAGAGGAGGAUGGAGUGAUAUACAAUGUGGUGGUCAAGCAGCAGCAUGGCACCCCCAAUAGUCUGACGUCAGCGGUUUCUCGCUCCCAGUGUGUGAAAGCAGGGACCGAAGAAAAGCUGGUGCUCCACCUCCUCCACUCCUUUUCUAUGGGAGACUCCUCCUUCAUCACCAUCUUCCUCUCCACCUAUCGAUCCUUCUCCUCCACGGGGAGAGUGCUGGACAUCCUCUGUGACAGAUUGGAGAACUCACCUGGGGACAACGAGAGGAGCCAGAUAAGACAAUCCUUCAACAAAGCGGUGUGUAUGGUGUUUAGCACAUGGCUCUCUGAGUAUCCUGAAGACUUUAAGAGUUUGCGGGAGCCCUCUCGCCUGCUACGCCUGGCUCCCCUCCUCCCCCAGUACUCCUCGUCUGCUGCCGACCUCCAAGCUCGCCUCCUCAGGAUAGCCGAGGAGCUUAGCGAGAAAGCCCUGCUCCCUGACGCCCAUAAAGAUCAAACCGGUUUCACCAGCCUUCCUCCUGACGCCUGCAAGUUUGAACCCACCAGCGUACUUGGAUUCCCUGCAGCGCUCAUCGCGGAGCAGCUCACCAAAAUAGAGACCGAGCUGUUUGUCCGUCUGGUCCCGUACCACUGCCUCGGCUCACUGUGGUCUCAGAGGGACAAGAAAGGAAGGGAAGGCGUUUGUUGGUCCGUCCGGGCCACCAUACAUCAGUUCAACAAACUGGCCAAUGCAGUUUUAGCAUCCUGCCUUUGUCCUACAAAUCUACGCAGCCAGCAGAGAGCCCGACUGCUGGAGAAGUGGAUCAGCGUGGCAGAGGAGUGCCGAGCCAGGAAGAACUUCUCCUCACUGUAUGCCAUCGUGUCUGCCCUGCAGAGUAAUCCCAUCCACCGGCUAAGGAAGACGUGGCAGGACACUGACAGGGAGGCGGUGAGGAGAUAUGAGGAACUGUCAGAAAUAUUCUCAGAGAAGGACAACCACUCGCAAAGUAGAGAACUCCUCAAGGAGGAGGGCACAUCCAAGUUUGCCAACCUUGACAACAGGCUCAACAACAAACAUCUUAAUCGGUCCAACGCCCAGGGCACUGUGCCAUACCUGGGCAUCUUCCUCACAGACCUCACCAUGCUGGACACUGCAGUCAAAGACAGGCUGGAUAAUGGCUACAUCAACUUUGACAAAAGGAGAAGGGAAUUUGAGGUUUUAGCUCAAAUACGUCUCCUACAGUCUUCCUGCAAACACUGUGUUUUCACCGCUGACGAGGCCUUCAUACAGUGGUACCUGAGUGCACCCACACUAACAGAGGAGGAAAGUUACAGACUGUCCAAUGAAAUUGAAGCCCCUGGUGAGCCGAGCCCCCGUGGCUUUACUCCAACAGUCAUCAUCACACAGUGCCCAGACCUGAGUAGCUCUCGGACCAGCCUGACUGGUGACAGUGACAGCCUCUUUGACUUCCCCUCCCCUGUCAAUAAUUUGCUCUCAAAACUCACAAAGCAUAUGAGAUCUCCGUCUGUGUCCUGUCUGGAUGUUGACACGUCUCCUUCAACCAAUGACUCCACCCCUGCCACGUUGACUCCAUCCACUCCCACAAAAUCACACCGGCGAUCAGUCUCCUGCGGCAACAACCCCCCCAAUAACAUCCAAGGUUCAGGUCCUGACAUGCGAAUAAUCCGGAUACGGAUGGACCUGCAGGAUGGAAACCUGUACCGAAGCAUACUGGUCACAAGCAAUGACAAGACCCACACUGUGAUCAGCUCUGCCUUAGAAAAGCACAAUCAGGACCCCAAACAGACGUCCACAUAUGAGCUCAUCCAACUUCUGCCUGAAGGAAAAGAACUGGUCAUCCCUGCUACAGGAAACGCCUUCUACGCCAUGAUCUCAUCUAGUGUUGACUUCCUGUUGAGGAGGAAAGGCGGGAACACUCUUCUGGGUUCACAGCCGAUCAGCACGGAGACGAGCGCCACGUUCCCUCGAAUCAAGGCCAAGGGGAGGAGACUGGUCAGGACACUAUUUUGAAAUUCGAUUUUCCUCAACCCAACUUUAUCCACAGUGACGGAUUUUACUCCUCACAAACUUUAAAUGUGGGCCUUCCACAUGCCACACACAUGCCUUUCUCCCGUGUCUCUAAAAAGCUUGUUUUACCAAAACACCAGGACCAGGACCAAGACCAAGUCUGAAUCAGCGACUCCAGAGCUGGUUUUGUCAAACCUUUCAUACCUCCAGCUGCCCUGCUGCGUUCACUAGAGCCGUCUGCUGCUGAAGAACCGUGUCACUUUUCCAAACAGUAUGCAUUACUUUACACCUAGAGGAAGAGCAAUGGAAGCCUUUAACUGAGUGCUUUUGGUGCUGGCUCUCGAGUUCCAGUCAGGUAGAACUUGAUGCAUUUUUUUUCAUUCCAACUCAAUGAAUAAGAUAUAUUUUAAUUGCUUGUUGCCACCAGGAAAUCCCAUGUUGUUGUGUGCCUCAGUCGUGAGUACAUGAAAUGUAAAAUGAGGAUUUAAUUGCUCAGAACUUCUGUGAUCACGUGAGAUGCCGUUGAAGGAUGUAGGACUGUGUGGGGUUUUUUUGGGGGGGAAGAAGCAUGAUGAAAUCUAAAUCUAAAGAGCCUGUCAGAUCUGGUUCUGGUAAACAGCACACAUGAGGAAGGCCCAAAGAUACAGUGAGAGUGCACUGGAGCUUGUCAAAUGAGACGUAUAUAUGUUUUGUAUAUAUUUAUAUAUUUUGUACGUCUGUAGAAUGUCAACAUUGUGUUUACACUGGCGAGGAGCUUAAGGUCCAUGUGUCUGAAUUGUUUAAUUCAUCACGGAAAAAUGCAUCAAAUACCUGCAAGAUUUAAACGGUCCCAUGACUCAUGCAGACUUCAUGAACCUAAAGCUGCAUUAAUCAAUCUUUUUUAUAUUAACAAUAUUGUGACGGGGGCUGCUUGUUUUAACUAACCUAAAAUAAUAAUGUUCGACUCUGCGGCUUGUUAGAGCUUUUUGGCCUAUUUUAGCUAAUUUUAGGGCAGUUUGUAGGGCCGGAAACUUACUUCAUGGUUCAUUCUCACAGCGCUUAUCGGCCCUGUUUCCAGCAGCAGCUGUUUUCUGCAACAACAAAAGCAAACAGACAGCAGACACAAAGAGUUAGCGGCUAGCUGGUGAAAAAAGUCAAGCAUGUAUCUGCUAAAGAGACACUUUGUUUUUCUCAAAAGUUUCUCAAAAAAAACUAACUACCCCUAAAAAGAGAGUGGUAAGCACUUAUUGUAUGAAAUACAAUGUCAGAUGAACACUUCCUCUUCAGCUGGAUGCGUAUUUAGGCAGCUGUUUGGCAGCUCGUUUUUGGAGCCCCCUUGUGGCCACAAAUUGAUUAUUGCAGCUUUAAAAAAACAAACCUUGCAGCACUUUCAAAGCUUGUGGCUUCAGUUCCUCACUGUUGUACCAAAAUCAUAAGGAAAACAGUACACCACCAUUAUUAGUUUGAAGGUUUUCCAGGUCUGAACUUUUCAACAGAGCAUAAGCUAAUUUAUGCACAUUUUUACCCAGCUCAGCGGGACACAGUUUGACUACUGUUUACAUACAGUACAAAGCCUCAGCUCCAAUUUCAUGUUAUGAAUUAACAUGUUAACUUCCAUGUAGGUUGAAAACACACUUGUGACCUCUGGUUGUACCUGCUCAGUGCUGGUGAGGCCUCCUUACUGGCUGAGGCGCGAGCAUAGCGGGACCAGGGAGAGGAUUUGGGGUAAUAAUAGAUGACGUGGGCUAGCGUUAUGCUAUGCUACUGAUUGUUUUAGUGCCUUUCUCUACAGGAUGCUCAUCUUUCCCGUGUUUGCAUUAGAAUGUAUACAGUAUAUGCGGAGGAAACGCAGUCACCUCCAGUGCUGUGUUGUCUCACAUCAAAGCUAUUUAUGCACUACAUACAGGAUGUCCUAUUUUUGUGGUAAUAAAUUUACUUUUAUAUGAA